AGCCGAGCCAGUGAGCGAGCGGGCUGGAAGGCAGAUAGAAAUUGGAGCGCACCCCGAGAGUCCAGGCCACGAUCGAUCGACAAGCGAGACGGGCAGCAGUGCCACAGCAAAGCUACUCGCAGUCGGACGCAAACAUGAAACCCAUUGGGGGCAAAAGCAUUCCGGUCAUGUUCCUGGUGAUCCUCGGCCUGGUUAGCCUGGUUAGCCUGGCCAGCUCGCUGCCCAUGACUCCCGAACAGGAGCUGAAAGAUGUGGAUGAGCCGUUGCGUCAGCAGCCGCAGCAGCAGGUGCAGCGCAUGGUGAAAAGCGAAGCGGUGCCAGAUUCGGAUUCGGAGUCGGAGUUCGUCGGAAGAAUUGCGCCACACAACGAGCAGAAUCCGGAGGAUGUUCAAGAAUACGAUGCCGUCACAUUGGUGGAGGAGUUGGAGGCCGCCGGAGUGCAGCUAGCCGGUCGACAGGAUCUGCGCAAGCUCACCUACACGGAGCUGGUCCGCCUACUGGCCCUAUGGCAUCUGUCCCAGAAUCGCAAUGUUUACAAUGCCAAAGGACCGGAGGAGCAGCCCAAUCAGGCCAUCGAUGAGCCUUAAUUUAAUUGCUUAAUGAGUAAGCUCGUUUAUUUAAAGCCAAAGUUCACUUAACAUAUUGUGUGACAAGAGAAAAAAUGGGAUCACCCAUGCAGAUAUACUAUGGCAACUAUAUGAUAUUCUCUGACCUGACUUUCGUUCGAACAUUAUAAAGAACAUUGUAACUUGAACAGCCGCUUUUUUUUUUUAAUGAUAGUGUGCCCCUUUUAGACAUUUGCCCCAUUUUUAGAAUAGCAAAUAAACUAAACCGUAUUGUACA